GCUUUCCCCUCCCUCUUCCCCACUACUAUCUCUGUCUCUGUUCCAGCGAUGGAGCUCUCGGCGGGCGGGAAUUUUGUUCUUCGGCGGUUGGGAUUUCUCCUGGCAAUCUCUUCUUUCCUUCAGAUCACUCUUGUGCCUCUGACAGGUGCUCAGCAGUCCAAUGCUACAACACUAAAGAUAUAUGCAGAAGGGUAUUGUUCGAUGUAUGGUAUUUGUGGACGCCGCAGCGAUGGAAAGAUUUUGAACUGCCCUUACAAUGUACCUUCUGUAAAGCCAGAUGAGUUGUUCUCAUUGAAGAUCCAGAGUUUGUGUCCAACAAUCACUGGCAAUGUCUGCUGCACUGCAGAUCAGUUUGACACAUUUCGAGGGCAAGUCCAGCAAGCAAUUCCUUUUCUUGUGGGAUGCCCAGCAUGCUUGAGGAACUUCUUAAAUCUUUUCUGCGAGCUCUCUUGCUCUCCAAAUCAAAGCCUUUUCAUCAAUGUGACUUCUGUAAUGAAGGUCAAUGAUACUUUGACUGUUGAUGGCAUAGAUUUUUAUGUAACUAGUCAGUAUGUAGAGGAGUUAUUUAAUUCAUGCAAGGAUGUGAAGUUUGGGACUAUGAACACUCGCGCGAUGGAUUUUGUUGGUGCAGGUGCUCAAAAUUACAAAGAAUGGCUUGCAUUUAUUGGUCAUCGAGCAAAUCUUAGUGAGCCAGGUUCACCAUAUGCAAUAGCCUUUCAAACAACUCUUAAUGACUCGGUCAGGAUAAAGCCUAUGAAUGUUACAGUUUAUUCAUGUGGUGACUCUUCUCUUGGCUGUUCAUGUGGUGAUUGUCCUUCAUCUUCUGUAUGCUUUGAUUCUGCUUCACCUGCUCCUCAAGAGAAACAAGCCUGUGCUAUUAGAAUUGGGUCUUUGAAGGUCAAAUGUUUGGAUUUUUCAUUAGCAAUGUUGUACUUUCUCUUAGUUUCUGCUUUUUCAGUAUGGGGUUGGUUAAACAGAAAACAAGAUAGAACAUGUCUUUCUAGAACAAAACCUUCGGUGAAUGUUAAGGGUGAAAACGAGCUCCAUUCUGUUAAUAAGCAGGAAAUUUCUGCUCAGCUUACUCAGGCAUCUGAAGAGGCUUCUCCAGUAGUUAAAAUGCUGCGUCCUUCUGUUGUUCAAGGACAUAUAUCAAAUUUCUUCAGGAUUUAUGGAUCCUUUGUCUCCAGAAAUCCAAAUCUUGUUUUGUGUUUAUCACUGGCUGUUCCCCUUCUCCUUUGCUUAGGUCUCAUCCGUUUCAAGGUUGAGACACGACCGGAAAAGCUCUGGGUGGGCCCUGGAAGUAGGGCUGUGGAAGAAAAGCAAUUUUUUGAUAGCCACCUUGCCCCUUUUUAUAGAAUUGAACAGCUCAUCUUAGCCACUGUUCCAGUUUCAAAGCGUGAUAAGCCGCCUAGUAUUGUGACCGAUAAAAAUAUAAAGCUGCUUUUUGAAAUACAGAAAAAGAUUGAUGGUCUACGGGCAAAUUUUUCUGGGUCUAUGGUAUCCCUUACUGAUAUUUGCUUGAAGCCACUUGGUGAUGAUUGUGCCACUCAGAGUGUACUACAGUAUUUCAAAAUGGAUCCAGAAAAUUAUGAUGGUUAUGGCGGGGUAAACCAUGCUGAAUAUUGUUUUCAGCAUUACUCUUCUGCAGAAACAUGUCUGAGUGCAUUUCAGGCUCCUCAGGAUCCAGCGACAGCAUUAGGGGGAUUUUCCAGAAGUAACUACUCCGAGGCUUCUGCUUUUGUGGUGACAUAUCCAGUGAACAAUGAAAUUGAUAAAACUGGCAAGGAGAAUGGAAAGGCUGUGGCUUGGGAAAAGGCUUUCAUUCAUUUAGUAAAGGAAGAGCUAGGGCCAAUGGUUCAGCUGCAAAAUCUUACACUUUCUUUUUCAUCAGAAAGUUCUAUCCAGGAAGAGCUGAAAAGAGAAAGUACCGCCGAUGUAAUAACUAUACUGAUAAGCUACCUUGUGAUGUUUGCUUACAUAUCUUUCACACUGGGUGAUACUCCUCGUAUGUCUUCCUUUCUUGUUUCAUCUAAGGUAUUGCUUGGCCUGUCAGGAGUUGUUCUUGUUAUGCUUUCUGUUCUCGGAUCAAUUGGAUUCUUUAGUGCCAUUGGAGUUAAGUCAACACUCAUUAUAAUGGAAGUGAUUCCCUUUCUUGUUUUAGCUGUUGGAGUAGAUAAUAUGUGUAUCCUUGUGCAUGCUGUUAAACGCCAACCACUAGAGUUGCCAUUAGAAGGGAGGAUAAGUAAUGCACUUAUGGAAGUUGGACCAUCAAUUACUCUUGCUAGUUUAUCUGAAGUCCUAGCCUUCGCCGUUGGUAGUUUUAUCCCAAUGCCUGCAUGCCGGGUGUUCUCCAUGUUUGCUGCAUUAGCUGUUCUUUUGGAUUUCCUUCUGCAAGUUACAGCGUUCGUUGCAUUGAUAAUCUUUGACUUUUUAAGAGCCGAAGAUGAUAGGAUUGACUGUGUUCCAUGUAUUAAACUUUCAUCUAGCAUUGACUAUAAUAAUGGUAAUGCCCAACAAGAGCUUGGAUUACUAGCACGCUAUAUGAAGGAUGUCCAUGCGCCUAUUCUUGGUCUUCUUGGAGUUAAAAUUUUAGUAAUUGCUGUAUUUGUUGGCUUUGCUUUGGCGAGCAUUGCACUCUGUACCAGACUUCAACCUGGUUUGGAGCAGAAAGUUGUCCUUCCUCAAGAUUCUUAUCUUCAGGAUUAUUUUGAUGAUCUUGCAAAGUAUCUUAGAGUGGGACCACCAUUAUAUUUUGUUGUGAAGGACUUUAAUUACAGUUUGGAGUCAAGGCACACAAACCAGAUAUGUUCCAUCAGCCAAUGUGAUUCAAACUCUCUCUUGAACGAGAUUGCAAAAGCAUCAUUGAUACCUGACUCAAGUUACAUUGCUAAGCCUGCUGCUUCAUGGCUUGAUGACUUUCUGAUAUGGCUAUCCCCAGAAGCAUUUAGUUGCUGCCGCAAGUUCGUGAAUGGGAGCUACUGUCCACCUGAUGAUCAGCCUCCUUGCUGUCAGCCUGAUGAAGGAUCAUGUGGCAUGGGCGAAAUAUGCAAAGAUUGUACCACGUGCUUCCGUUAUUCACAAUUACAUAAUGGCCGUCCAUCUACAGUACAGUUCAAGCAAAAGCUCCCAUGGUUUCUCAAUGCAUUGCCAUCCUCAGAUUGUGCUAAGGGUGGCAAAGGAGCUUACACCACUAGUGUGGACCUCACUGGUUAUGAGAGUGGAAUUAUUCAAGCAGCAUCAUUUCGUACAUACCACACUCCCCUUAAUAAACAAAGCGACUAUGUGAACUCAAUGAGAGCUGCACAGGAUUUCAGUUCCAAAAUUUCCGAUUCUUUGAAGAUGCAAAUUUUUCCAUACUCAGUGUUCUAUGUAUUCUUCGAACAAUAUCUUGAUAUAUGGAAGACAGCUUUGAUCGACAUUUCUAUUGGUCUUGGUGCCAUUUUUAUUGUUUGUCUGGUCAUUACCUGCAGCUUAUGGACUUCUGCAAUCAUUUUUAUAGUGUUGGCAAUGAUUUUAGUUGAUAUGAUGGGAGUUAUGGCUAUCCUGGAGAUCCAACUGAAUGCAGUUUCUGUUGUAAACCUUGUCAUGUCAAUAGGAAUUGCUGUUGAGUUUUGUGUACAUAUCACACAUGCAUUCUCGGCCAGCAAUGGGGAUAGGCAGACUCGGGUCAAAGAGGCUCUGAGUACCAUGGGCGCUUCUGUAUUCAGUGGAAUUACACUAACAAAGCUAGUCGGAGUGAUUGUCCUGCGUUUCUCAAGAUCAAAAAUCUUUGUGGUUUAUUAUUUUAAAAUGUAUCUAGCUCUUGUCCUUAUUGGAUUUCUGCAUGGACUCGUGUUCCUUCCAGUGGUGUUGAGCAUUUGCGGCCCUCCUUCAAGGUUCAUUCCUGUCAACAGCCAAGAAAUUCAGCCAACAACCUCAACUCAGCAAAGCUAAUCAAUUUCUAACUUCGUCAAAAUCUCAUAAUGUGGUACCCAUUUUACAUAUAUGGGGCAUUUGAAGCUUGUAUCAUGGAACCAUGUGUGUACAUAUCCAUUUUCUUUUUGCUUGUAAUAAGGCAUAUGUAGCUUGUGCCUUGUAUCAUCAUGUAAACCUGGAAACGAGAUCACAGUGCACAAGGAAAACGAACAUGAUGGAACUUUAAGCAUCAAGUGUCCAUCUAUGGUGCUCGAUUGCUCCAAAUCUGCCAGAGAAAUAUAUUCUGGUGGUGAAGAUUAAUAACAGCCUUAAUUCUAUUAAGAACUGGGAAGCGAUAUUCUCAAUAUCAAAUAAACAAACAAUAAUAUAGUCAUACUGCUCUAGGGAAAUGAUUAACGUUCAUUGUAAUCAAAAUGUUCAAAGUUCUCAGGUAGCAAGAAUUGUAACUUGCAUGGUUAUGGUUGCUGAUUUUGUUCAUUUUAUGGAUGCUGGGCUAGGAUAUCCUGAAGGAUGUAACUGGAUUUGCCCAGCAGUCCUGUCAAGUCCUUUCCAAAAUGCAAUGAUUUGUAUGAAACGGCUAGAAAGAAAUAAAUAGAGAAGACUCUGCCUGUACAGCUGAACAAUGUAGCGAGUUUUAGCAAUCCAGCUGCACCUGCAAGUGAAUACAAUCAAGUGAUGUCAUGUCACACAAGAAGAAAUGCAAAUUGUUCAAGCUUUGGGUUGCCAAGGCUUUGCUCAUCAUAUGCAGUGGGGUUGUCCAGACUUAAGUUUGAGCUGAACCUAGUUACAGUUCUUCAAACUUGAUCUAUGUCUUAAUUAAACAAGUUAGACAACUUUACGGAGCCUAUGAGCAAGCCAAACCCAAUCCAUGCAGGCUUGAGUGCUAGAGCAGCUGGUUCUCAACGACGGUUGAAUAUGAACUUGGAUGUGGGUUCUCAUGCAGGGACUGGAUUGUUGCCAUACGGAUGGUUCGCUGAUGAGUCAUGAUAUUGCUGGGGUCAAUUGAAUAUACCAAAUCAGCAAAGCACCAAGGAAUCCAGGAAUUCAUUCAUCUGGAUAUUCAGGUUUCAAUCCAGGUGGUAAUAUUGCUAGAGCUGACUUUGUCCUUUUUAGUGCAGUGAAGAGAUGGGAUGGGUAACUCUUAAACUGUCUUCAAUGGAGCUGUCGGGUGCCCCGAAAUAUCAGUUUCAAGCCAAGAAAGUGCAAUUCUUGAUUUCAAUUGGACAGCUGUUUUUUCUGAGAAAAAAGGUUCUACUUGAACAUGUUGUGGAUAUCUUUAAACCUGACUUAUAACUUUUUGCUCUUUUUGGGUUUGUUUUACCUCUGUACCGGAUUUACUUAAACCUGUCGUGUAAUUCAUGCUGCUUCAGUUAGCUCUGGCUAAAA